AGGGAAUAAAGUGCCUAAUUUUCAGGAGGAGGUGCCAUUUAAAAGAUUCGCCUAGCUUAGAGUUGGAACGAAAACUCUUUUUUGCACUUUUAAAAGUCCACCCAGGUAGACGUGUUUGGGAAGUUUUUUCGGCUGGGAAAUGGGCUUCGCCCGUACGAACAAUCCGGGGAAAUCGCCUCAAGGAGGAUCCUUACGCAGCAUGUGGAAAAAAGUUGAGGGCAGGGGUCUGUGGCCACAUUUUCCAUCAAAAAGUCCCUGUUAGAGGCAGUCUAAGAAAGAGAGAGAAAGAGUGAAAAAGAAACUUUCCUAUCAAAAUGUUUGAAUUAAGAAGUAGGGUGUACGUGUGAGGGGAAGAGGACGCUGGGCUCCAACAUUUCAGAAGAAGCGCUUAAGACUUGCAAACACCCUUGGUGGGGACCUGGAACCCCGGGAGAUGCCGACGAGCAGGUUGGCUGCCCGGCGGGUCUCUGUGAGAGAUCCAGGUAGAUGGUGAACGGCCCCGGCAGCUGAGGGCAGGCCAGGCCCCCAGACGCAUCAGACCCUGAAGGACUGCGCGGUGGGAGCCCUGCACCGCUCCCGGCCCCGGGCCCCCUGGAUCCGUCGGGGCGCCUCCACCCAGCUGUUAGCAUGAUGUCUUACCUCAAACAACCCCCAUACGGCAUGAACGGGCUGGGCCUGGCCGGGCCCGCCAUGGACCUCCUGCACCCAUCCGUGGGCUAUCCGGCCACUCCGCGGAAGCAGCGGCGGGAGCGCACCACCUUCACGCGUUCACAGCUGGACGUGCUCGAGGCGCUCUUCGCCAAGACUCGCUACCCUGACAUCUUCAUGCGGGAGGAGGUGGCGCUCAAGAUCAACCUGCCGGAGUCUAGAGUCCAGGUCUGGUUCAAGAACCGCCGCGCCAAAUGCCGCCAGCAGCAGCAGAGCGGCAGCGGAACCAAGAGCCGCCCAGCCAAGAAGAAGUCCUCUCCAGUGCGGGAGAGCUCGGGCUCCGAAAGCAGUGGCCAAUUCACGCCGCCAGCUGUGUCCAGCUCUGCCUCGUCCUCUAGCUCGGCGUCCAGCUCUUCCGCCAACCCAGCGGCUGCAGCGGCUGCGGGACUAGGUGGGAACCCGGUGGCGGCCGCGUCGUCGCUAAGUACACCAGCUGCCUCAUCUAUCUGGAGCCCGGCCUCCAUCUCGCCAGGCUCAGCGCCCGCGUCCGUGUCGGUGCCGGAGCCACUGGCCGCGCCUAGCAACGCCUCGUGUAUGCAGCGCUCGGUAGCUGCAGGUGCCGCCACCGCAGCAGCCUCUUACCCCAUGUCCUACGGCCAGGGCGGCAGCUACGGCCAAGGCUACCCUACGCCCUCCUCUUCCUACUUUGGCGGCGUGGACUGCAGCUCAUACCUAGCGCCCAUGCACUCACAUCACCACCCGCACCAGCUCAGCCCCAUGGCACCCUCCUCCAUGGCGGGCCACCAUCAUCACCACCCACAUGCGCACCACCCAUUGAGCCAGUCCUCAGGCCACCACCACCACCAUCACCACCACCACCACCAAGGCUACGGUGGCUCGGGGCUUGCCUUCAACUCUGCCGACUGCUUGGAUUACAAGGAGCCUGGCGCCGCUGCUGCUUCCUCCGCCUGGAAACUCAACUUCAACUCCCCCGACUGUCUGGACUAUAAGGACCAAGCCUCAUGGCGGUUCCAGGUCUUGUGAGCCCAGGAAUGAA